CACAGAUAUAUAGUCCUAAAACUAAAUGUUUCCGUAUUAAAUGGCAUCUUUCAAGAAGACUCCUAAUGACAGCAGCUAUAUAUUGAACCAUUAAAACACUUCUAAUCUAAUAUAAUCGGCUACACAAAUACUUCGGGUUAAGCAUAUUACGCCGUAAUUUACAUACUUUCUACAAUGUUUUACGGCUGCAAUAUACACAUCAAUCGGCGGCGGCGGGGACAAUUCCACUUCACGUGCUACCGGUUUGCCUGAUUAGAGAGACCCAACGUUUCAUAUAAGUGAUGUGCUGCCGAACAAAUAGUGGCCAUGAGAAUCAGAGCAAAGAUGAACGAUUUGAUGACGAAGUCGUUUAUGAGUUACGUGGAUUUGAAGAAGCAGGCGAUGAAGGAUCUCGAAACGGGGCAGAAUCCGGAUAUCGAGAUGGGUCAACUCGACCCGGCGGAUGAAAAGAACCUGUCACAGUUCUUCGAAGAGGUGGGGUCCAUCAAGGCCGCCAUGGAUGAUAUCUCAAAUCUCCUUCUAGAUCUUCAAGAUCUCAACGAGCAGACGAAGUCUUCCCACAGUGCUAAAAUUCUCCACGGCCUCAGAGACAGGAUUAACUCAGACAUGGUCACAGUUCUCAGAAAGGCGAAGAUCAUCAAGACAAAACUUGAAUCUCUCGACAAAUCAAGCCAGUCGAAUAACAAAACCCCAAUCGAGCGGACCCGAAUCUCAGUGACGAACGGGCUGAGGCAGAAGCUGAGGGAUUUGAUGAAUGAUUUCCAGUGCCUGAGGGGGAAGAUCGUGGCAGACCACAAAGAAGGCCUGAAGAGGAGCUACUAUGAAGCUACAGGGCAGGAGGCAAGCGAGGAGAUGGUGGAGAAGAUGAUGGCCGGCGGUGGGACCCAGCAGGAAAGACUGGUUUUUGAAGGGAAGGCGGCUGCUGAAAUGGUGAAGGAGAACCAGGUCCGGAAUGAGGCGGUGAAGGAGAUCCAGAAAAGCCUUGCAGAGCUUCAUCAGGUGUUCCUUGAUAUGGCGGUGAUGGUGGAGACUCAGGGGGAGCAGAUGAACAAUAUAGAGAUCAAUGUGGUCAAUGCUGGUUCGUAUGUCAAAGACGGGUCGAAGGAAUUGGAUCGGGCCAAGAGGUUGAAGAAGAAGAAGACUCUGCUGUGCUGGGUUGGGUUUAUUGCUCUGGCCAUCUUAUUGCUUUUCAUUCUUGCCUUUCUGUUCUGAAAAUGUAUAAAUCAUAUAUAUACAUUUGUAUAUAUAUGCAAGUCCUUUCAUAUAUCUAUCUUAUCUCCUUUGAUAUUUUUUCGUGGAUUUCUUUUGCUGCUUAAAUGGAAAAAUCUUGCUUUGAUUCUUUUGGUUGAUUGGCAUCUUUUGUUCAUAGUAAACAAAUACAGCAGCAGGUUUUGGGUCAAAAGCCUAUGUAAUGAAUGCAUUUGAAGGCAAUGUGAUUUGUACUGAUGUAACUCAUGAAUCAUGAUAAAGAAUUUAUUACUGUGAUUGUGAGCAAAUUACACUCAAA